AACAGCCAUAUUGCCGCCGUGCGCCGGUUUCAGAACAGGGUGGGGAGUUUUAGCGCCACAGUUAUCCUUGGACUGAGCUUCUUCAAAUCUUAGUUGCACUGGAGGCACUCCGAAACGUCAUCGGACCCUUCCGAAUCAUCUGGGAAAUAAUUCCUCAGCUCUUCGACAAAACACCUCCACAGGAUUCAAAAUGCCUAAACCCGUGAACGUGCGUGUGACGACGAUGGAUGCCGAGCUGGAGUUUGCCGUGCAGCCCAGUACGACAGGCAAACAGCUCUUUGACCAGGUGGUGAAGACCAUUGGCCUGCGGGAGGUGUGGUACUUUGGCCUUCAGUAUAUGGACAGUAAAGGAUACCUCACCUGGCUAAAGCUUGACAAAAAGGUGUCGUCUCAGGACGUGAAGAAAGAGAACCCCCUGCAGUUUAAGUUCCGAGCCAAGUUCUUCCCGGAGGAUGUGGCUGAGGAGCUGAUCCAGGAUAUCACCUGGAAGCUGUUUUUCCUGCAGGUCAAAGAGAACAUCCUGACAGACGAGAUCUACUGCCCCCCGGAGACAGCCGUGCUCCUCGCCUCCUACUCAGUACAGGCCAAGUUUGGCGACUUCACAAAAGAGGCGCACAGGUCGGGGUACCUGGCCUCCGAACGCCUGCUCCCACAGCGUGUCCUGGAGCAGCACAAGUUAUCCAAGGAACAGUGGGAGGAGAGGAUCCAGGUGUGGCAUGAGGAACACCGUGGCAUGCUGAGGGAGGACGCCAUGCUGGAGUAUCUGAAGAUAGCUCAAGACCUGGAGAUGUACGGGGUCAACUACUUUGACAUCAAGAAUAAGAAGGGGACGGAGCUGUGGUUAGGAGUGGACGCUCUCGGACUGAACAUCUACGAGAAAGAGGACAAACUAACCCCUAAGAUUGGCUUUCCCUGGAGUGAGAUCAGAAACAUCUCUUUCAACGAUAAGAAGUUUGUCAUCAAGCCCAUCGACAAAAAGGCUCCUGAUUUUGUCUUCUACGCCCCGCGGCUGCGCAUUAACAAGCGGAUCUUGCAGCUGUGUAUGGGGAACCAUGAGCUGUACAUGCGACGCAGGAAGCCCGACACCAUCGAGGUGCAGCAGAUGAAGGCCCAGGCCAGAGAGGAGAAGCACCAGAAACAGAUGGAGAGAGCCCAGCUGGAGAAUGAGAAGAAGAGAAGAGAGGCUAUAGAGAAGGAGAAAGAGCAGGUGGAGAGAGAGAAACAGGAGCUGAUGAUGCGACUCUACCAGUUUGAGGAGAAAACGAAGAAAGCAGAGAAAGAAUUGCAGGAGCAGAUGCAGAGGGCCAUGCAGUUGGAGCAGGAGCGCAGGCGUGCGGAUGAGGAGGCGGCCAGACUAGAGGCGGAGCGACAGGCAGCUCUAUCAGCCAAAGAGGAACUGGCCCGUCAAGCACAGGACCAGCUCAAGAGCCAGGAACAACUGGCUGCGGAGUUGGCAGAACACACAGCCCGAAUUGCUUUGCUGGAGGAGGCCAGGAAACGCAAAGAGGAUGAGGCAACGUCAUGGCAACAAAGGGCCCAGGAGGCGCAAGACGACCUGCUGAAGACACGAGAGGAGCUGCACAUGGUCAUGACAGCACCACCUCCUCCUCCACCUCCUCCCGUCUACGAGCACGUGGACGACGAUGACGAGAACAACAGCACGUACAGCGCAGAGUUACAGAACGAAGGCAUUAACGACCACCGCAGGGAGGAGGAGCGCCUCACCGAGGCCGAGAAAAACGAGCGCGUGCAAAAGCAGCUCUUGGCUUUGAGUUCUGAACUGGCCCAGGCCCGAGAUGAGACGAAGAAGACCCAGAACGACCUACUGCACACAGAGAACGUCCGCGCUGGUCGUGACAAAUACAAGACACUGCGUCAGAUCCGCCAGGGCAACACCAAACAGAGAAUCGAUGAAUUUGAGGCCUUAUAGACACACUGGGUCUUACCUCGCUCUGACCUGCUCUAUCCCAGUGGUCACUGCAAAAGGCCUGCCCCAAACACAGCACAGUACACACACACACACACACACUCUCACACACAUAUA